CUCCGCGUUUCAUACACUUCUGACCGAGCUGGACUCACGAUGACCACGCUCCCCACAACCACCAAGCCAGCCGCCUCCCCGUCCAAAUUCAAAUGCGUCUGCUGCAAGAAGAAGAGCUUCAAGACGGCCGAGGCGCUGCGCGACCACCAGCGAGCCCGGGACCACCAUCCUGUCGCGUGCCCGUUAUGCCCAAAAGUGUUCUGCGAUAAGCACGCCGUGCAGCAACACCAACAGGUCCAUCAACGGAAGGCGGCUGCUGCUGCUACAACUGCCCUGAAGCAGGGACCUACUGGUCAGCAGCAGACCACUACUACCACUCCCAAGCAACAAACGAACCCACCUACAACUACGCCCUCCAAGCCACAAACCACAACACCUCCCCCCAACAUCCCCAGAACACACCACCACCCUUCCAUCCUCCACCCCCUCGAACAAGACCUCCUCUACAAAUACCUGCUCGCACGAUGCCAUCCCCGCACCCGCCUGCAAGCCCAGAACUACCCCACAGCACAGGCCCCCGGAAUAGACCAAAAGCCUACGCCACCCGCCAACCCGACACAACCCCGCCGCAGAGCCGUUGUUCUGACCUGCGAGACCGAGCCCCACGCAACGAGUUCGACACAUCUCACCGCCACAGACUUCUUGACUAAUGAAGCCCUCCUCCACCUGGAACUGGCUCUUGGGUCUGCAGAAGGGAUGCAGACCGCUGCAGCAACAACAACAACAACAACAACAACAACAGCAGCAGCAGCAGCAUGCACCGACAAGACCACCCGUGCAACUGUGUCCGGCGCCGGUGCCGCGCGAACAGCACUGUGGGAGGUCAUCGACGCGGACACGGUCCUCGUGGGGUAUGGGCUGCAGCGCGGGCUGCAGCUGCUGCGGAUGGGGCACGAGCGGGUGGUGGACGCGGGGAUCCUGACGGCGGAGGCGGUAUUCCUGGAACGAUCCGUAGUGCCGGUCCGGAGGGUGUGGGGGUUGGGGGAGUUGUGUGGGGAGAUGUUGGGGUGGGAGGCAGCAGCACCAGCAGCACCAGCAGCACCAGCACCAACCAAGAAAGGCAAGCGGAAGAAAGGCGCGUGCGACGGGUGGGAAGGGUGUGUGGGCGCCAGGGAGGUGGUGGUGUGGUGUUUGCGGAAUCCGGAGCUGUUGCGCGCGUGGGCGGAGGGCAAGGCUGAUGGGGAUCCGCCCACGAGCGAGACGGCGAAAAGCAAGCGGAGGAAGAACAAGAAGAAGAGCAAGAGCAAGAAGCGCACGCCGAAAAAAGAUGGGCCUGACGAACCAACACUUUUGACUACCGCAUCACCGAAGCCAGAGACAACCCCCACACUUGAACCACCACCACAGCCUGAAGAACCGGACGAAGACGAAGACUCCGACGAAGGGCUCGAGAUAGUCCAGUGGCAGGAUCUGGAGUGAUGUGUCACCAUCUACAAAGUAACUACCACCUGACUACCAUUUUUUGAUAAAGGAUAGAUCCUCGGCAUCCCGCGCCGACCAGCCCCACCCACUAAUCUAGUCCAACCGUUGGCCACCAG